AUGUCCCUGGCCUUCUCAGGCCAGGGAUGCCUGGUCGUCUCGGACAAGAUCUUCUUCCAGCAGUUCGGCGUUCUCAUCAUCACGUCUGUGCUGCUGGACACGUUUGUUGUGCGAACCGUCUUGGUGCCUGCGCUGAUGUUGCCCGGCUCUUUGUUGGCCGCCUUUGCUGGCACUGCGGCGGCCGAGGCCAUGAGCAGGUCGAGCCUCGCAGCUGAGGGUGCCUUCUAUGUCGGUAUGGCCGACUGCGACGUGCUCCGAAACGGUGGAGAUCGGACAUGUUUCCUCUGCAAGUCCGCCGAUCACAUCAGCAGCGACUGCCCACAGAAGACUGUGGAGAAGAAGCCGCCCUUCGUUGCCGAAGUGCGGCAGGUUGGUGAGGUCAAAGCUACUUCGCCGAGACUGAGCGUGGUUAUUACGACCAGCCCCAUUCCAAGUCAUCCUUCAACGAUGCUUUUAGAGGCAGUGAUCGCGAGCUUCGCUCGAGUACAAGGCCUUGCCGACUGUCCGCUGAUCAUCGUUUGUGAUGGCUUCAAGGUUGUCAAAAAGACGACCUGGAAAGCCGGAAAGGUCACCGAGGAGAAAGCCGCAAACUACGCGGAGUACAAAGCGGCACUGAAGAGGCUGCAAGAUGACGGACGGCUCCCUUCUGGCACGAAGCUUGUGAUUUUGGAGGGCCACAAUGGUCAGGCUUUCGCAGUCAAGGCCGCGCUUGCCGAAGUGGAGACGCCUCUGGUUUGCAUCCAUCAGCACGACCUGGAGUUUACUUUCGACUUUGAUCUGGAGCGCGUGCUGGAUGUCCUGGCAGACCCAGCAGCCGGCGUGAAGUACGUCGGCCUACCUUUGCUGGUGAACCUGCACUAUGAGGGCAUUGCCUACCAGCACCAUGGUGUUCGGGUGAAGCCGGAGACACACAGAGGGCUGAGCCUGAUGCCGAUCAUUUUCUGGUACGAUAGCACCCACAUCACAUCCGUGGAGCACUACACCGCCCUGGUUUUCGGCCCAGAGGAGGCCUACAAUCCCGGAAAUUUCGUCGAAGAGACCUUUGGCGUCCGCCAGAGGAAUGAUAUAAUGACGAAGGGCAUGGAGGCCCAUGCGAAGUAUGGUAUCCCGAUGAAGAACGGCUUGUUACAGAAAGGGUGCCUGGAAUGGUUUGAGGGGAAACCAAGACUGAACAAGAUGAAUGGUAUUCCUGAUGGUUGGUUUGUCGUCUUGGCGGCAGUGGUGGGGGUGUCGCUUUUUGCGGAACAUGAGAAGGAAGAGGUACCACUGUAUCUCCACGGCUUCGGACGGUACACGGAGGCCAGGGACGUCGUCGACAUGAGCAUCUGA